UCCUCCUCUUUGAAAAAUCCAUUUAGCUUUAUUAGCUCUCUGACUCUCACCAUAUAUACCCCCCUUCUUCCAAAACCCAUCAUCUCUCAUUUUCCACACCUACAAACAACAACAAUGGCGAUCACCGGGAAAUCGAGCAAACUGACCCAAACAGCCCUGAUUAAGCAAAUCCUGAAACGAUGUUCCAGCUUAGGAAAGAAACAACAACAAGGCUACGGUGAUGAUGAUGAACAGAAACGACUCCCUGUGGACGUGCCCAAAGGUCAUUUUGUCGUAUACGUCGGUCAGAACAGGAGCAGAUACAUUGUCCCCAUAUCGUUCUUGACCCGACCCGAGUUCCAGAGCUUGCUCCACCAAGCAGAGGAAGAGUUCGGGUUCGGUCACGACAUGGGACUCACCAUCCCUUGUGAAGAAGUUGUUUUCCGGUCUUUAACAUCCAUGCUCAAAUGAAAUUGAAGCCUGCUUUUCAUGAGAAACGUUGAAUUGAGAUGAAGCUGCUUCUUUUGCUUCUCUGAUUCUAUUUUUUCCUCUCUUUUUCUGAGUUGUUUAAACUGUUCUAACACAAGAAAAACCCCACGGAGUUGGUUUUUAUGUGGGUUUUUGAUUUGUAAAUCUGAGAAGAAAAAAAACGAUUUAUUAUCAUUCUGUCGUCUCCAUCUUCCUCUAAGAAACACGAGCACAAGGCACACGUUCACCAGUUCAGGGUUUAUUAUUAUUAUUAGGAGGUCAAAUUAUGGUUACGGUCCCUCCAUUAUGCUCAACUUUUUAAUGAUAUCUAUG